CAAGAAAAAAUAAUUACAUUACCAGAACUUCAUAUUCAUUUUGGAUGUAUGAUUGGAAAUCUUAAUGCAGAUCUCAGAUAUUUGUAUUUUGUUAAAAAUACAAACUCAAUUAUUCCAGUUUAUGAUUUAGAAGAAGAAGCUGAUUUUUAUAUGCCUAGUCAAUUUUUAAUUGGAAAUAAAGGUGGCUGCUUAAUUAAAUCCAUGGAAAAAGAAUUGGAAGAAAUCUGGAUACCAUCUGUAAAAAAACUUUUAAUCGAUCCAUUUUUACAUGACUGUGUUACUACUCGCACUGAAAAAAAUAUUAUUAAAACAUUGGCAUCAGCAAGUAUACCAUCAACAUUUAUACGAAUAACUUGUGAAAUUAAAGCUCAACAUGAUUAUGAAAUUCUUAGCGGAGAGCGUCCUGAUGAUUAUGAAAAGAGACUUGAUUCGGUUGACUUGGAAAAAAUUAUAUCACUACGCGAACUUUUUAUUCUUGAGUCAUUACCACUGUAUGAUAUAAAUAAACUGGCCUCAUCAGAACCAUUGAAACAUAACUUUUUAAUAGAAUUGCAAUGUUUAUCAGAUAAAUUAAAGUGGUAUGGUAUACUAUGUUUUAUCUAAAAGUUCUAGUACCCAUCUACCUAUUUGUUCAAAAUAUUAUUUGAAUUUAGAAACAAAGUAGGUACCUAGUAGAUAUCAUAUAUGUUAAAUAUUAAUAUUAUUUUGAUUAAAUAUAGUAGGUACCUAGUAAUAAGUAAUAGAUAGGUGAUAGUCAGUAUUUCCUUAAUUGUUCAUACUUUCAUACUAUCUUAGCAUUUAAGAAACAUAUAUAAAAAAGUUAUUUAAAUGAUGCAAUCCGUAACGAAAAUAAAAUAUUAAAAGAACAAAAGUAAAACAAAAAUGGAUUUAUUUAAAUAAAAUAAUAUGGUUUUUAUGAUAAAAAUGUCGGGUAGGUACUCUCAGGGCUGGCUUUAGCUUUUUCAGCGCCCAGUGCAAGAAUUAUAUUGGCACCCUCGUCCCUCACCCACUUUUUAAACAUAUAAACAGGCAAAAUUAGGGGACCAGUUAACUUCAAUAAAAUUAACUUUCUCAGUUUUAUUAUUAUUGUUUAGUAAUUACUAAUUAUUAACAUAAAAUAUAUUUUG